GUUCCAGCUUUCACAGGUCUUACUGGAUAUAUUUAUGGCUUACAUAUUUUAUUUUUCCUUUUUUUCAGAUUAUGAACUAUUAUGGAAAAGGAAAAGUGAGAAUUACAUUAAUAACAAAGAAUGACCCCUAUAAACCUCAUCCUCAUGAUCUAGUUGGAAAAGACUGCAGAGAUGGCUACUAUGAAGCAGAAUUUGGACAAGAACGCAGACCUCUGUUUUUUCAAAAUUUGGGUAUUCGAUGUGUAAAGAAAAAAGAAGUAAAAGAAGCUAUUAUUUCACGAAUAAGGGCAGGAAUCAAUCCUUUCAAUGUCCCUGAACAACAGUUGCUUGACAUUGAAGAUUGUGACCUCAAUGUGGUGAGACUGUGUUUCCAAGUUUUCCUCCCGGAUGAACAUGGUAAUUUGACAACUGUUCUUACUCCUGUUGUCUCAAACCCAAUUUAUGACAACCGUGCACCUAAUACUGCAGAAUUAAGGAUUUGUCGUGUAAACAAGAAUUGUGGAAGUGUCAGAGGAGGAGAUGAAAUAUUUUUACUCUGUGACAAAGUUCAGAAAGAUGACAUAGAAGUUCGUUUUGUGUUAAACGAUUGGGAAGCAAAAGGUAUCUUUUCUCAAGCUGAUGUACACCGUCAAGUGGCCAUUGUUUUCAAGACUCCCCCAUAUUGCAAAGUGAUAACGGAACCAGUAACAGUGAAAAUGCAGCUGCGGAGACCUUCUGACCAGGAAGUCAGUGAAUCUAUGGAUUUUAGAUAUCUGCCUGAUGAAAAAG